AUGGAACAACCACCUGGAUUUAUAUCAGAUCCGAACAAAGUAUAUCUUGUAAACAAAAGUAUAUAUGGACAACCACAAUCAGAAAAUGCUGCAGUAUAUGUGGAUGACUUAAUGGUGAUUGGAAAUUCAAAUUCUGAGAUAAAUGACAUCAUCUCUCAACUAUCUAAAUCGUUCACAUUACGAGAAGACACUAAAACACAAAAUUUUUUAGGAAUAGACAUCCGACAAGAAUCUGGAAAACUUAUACUCAGUAAAGAAAACUAUAUAACUGAAAUCUUAAAAAACUUUGAAAUGGAUGAAUGUAAACCUGUCAAGACUCCAGGAAUAUUGGGUGAAAAUCUUGAUGACAUAGCAUCUUCGCCACCUGUGUCGAAGACAAAAUAUCAAGAAGCAGCAUUAGGUUCAAUUGAUGUACUUAGCAACAGGCACAAGGCCAGACUUAGCUUUUGCUAG